AGGUGGAGUAGUGCGAGCAACAACUACUGACAGAUAUCAGCUGUUCCAGUAAAUAAGGAACCGCAUUUAGGAAUGGAUGUGGUUGAAAAUAUUAUAGAAAAUGGAACAAAUAGCGUCGAAAGUCUCGACGAAGAAACAAAUACAAAUGGAGAUUCAACACAAAUAUCAGAAGGUGAUGAGAAUUGGUAUUAUAUGCCAGAUUCUAUACUUCUCAGUAUUUUUCAAUACCUAACACCAAGAGAACUAGUAACAGCAGGAGAAGUAUGUAGAUCAUGGAACAAAGUAUCGCAAGAUGAAUUUCUUUGGAGAGAUUUAUUCUAUCAAACUUAUAAAAUAGAUUCAGAUAUUGGUAUUAUGCCAGGAAAAACUUCCUGGUUUGAAGAAUUUAAACGUUUAGCAUAUCAUACUCCUUUAAUAGAAACUGAAGUUCUCAAUCAUCAUUCACAUCAAGUAUUGCAUGUUAGUUUUUCGCACAAUGGCAAAAUGUUUGCAACAUGUUCAAAAGAUGGAUACAUUCUUGUAUGGAAAAGUCAACACCCAGUUAAUAUUAUAUAUCUUAAUGACAUGAAAACGUUUAGUUGGAAAUAUACUCAGUUUUCACAGUUUAAUUCUACUGAUACUUUGCUUCUUGUCUCUGGUGUACAUUUUGGUACACCACAUAGUACAUCAGGAGAAAUAGCUGUCUUCAGAGUAGCACCUGGCUUUCAACUUCAAUGUAGAGUAGCAAAUAAGCCAUAUGACAUAUUUGGUACUUGGUAUAGUGAACAUUACCUUUUAAGUGGAAAUUUACAUUGGCUAGCACACCUGGUUAGUACUAGUGUACUUUGGCUAAAUAAGGCUAAUCAGGAAUCAGCAAGUGAACAUGUGCCCAUCAUGACACAAUUGUUUAGGUUUUAUAAUGGAAAUGCUUCUUCAAUAAGAGCAAUUAUGAUUGCAAAUUGCUUAGCUCCUGCAAUUGAUUCUGAAAGUUCACAAGAUCAACCUUCAUCAUCAAAUAUCAAAGAAGAUAAUGUUCAAAAUCACGUAGGAACAUCUUCAACUAAUAAUUCACCACAGGAAGAACCAGUUGUACUUCAUCAUGUCUCAUCUAGAUUACAAUACAGUACAAUAGAAGGACGUUUUAUGAAUUGGAUAAAACUUGGUGAUGGUUUUGAAUAUGCUAGUCCCAUACAAUACAAUAAGGAAUAUAGACAAGUUGAAAAAGAAAAAACAGUACAUGAAACUGAUAGUGAAAGUGAUAGUGAAAAUGAGAAUGAAAAUGAAAAUGAAAAUGAAAACGAAAAUGAAAAUGAAAAUGAAAAUGAAAAUGAAAACGAAAAUGAAAAUGAAAAUGAAAAUCAUCAGUGGAAUGAAGAGAACGAAUCUGCAGAAUCAUCAACAGCAGAAGAGUGUGAUUCUGAUGAAUUAUCUAAUAAUCCAGAGAAAUUUCUAAUUUUUACAACUGGAUCAAAAACAUAUACACCUCAUCAAGUUGGUUUUAAAAGGAUCAAAUUAGUUACCUUUCCAAGAAGAUUAGAUCCAGGACCAUCACUUCGUGAAAGAUUAGCGCAACGAGAAAGAGAACGAGAAAGACAAAACUCAGGAACUUUGUAUACUAAUUGGUUGGAUUAUGAAGCAGUGGCUGAUAGAUUUGACAAAGUAGAUCACUUAAUUGAUUUACAUGGUCAUAUUAUAGGAAUGGGUCUUUCUCCAGAUCACAGAUAUUUAUAUGUUAAUACAAGGCCUUGGCCAAGAGGAUAUGUUAUUACUAAUCCAUUACAACCUCCACCUAUAGCUCAAGAAAUAGAUAUUCACGUAAUUGAUUUAGUAACAUUGAAACAAGUUGGUACAAUGUUAAGGGCACAUAAAGCAUAUACUCCAAAUAAUGAAUGUUUCUUUAUAUUCCUGGAUGUAUGCAACGAAUAUGUGGCAAGUGGUGCUGAAGAUAAACAUGGCUAUCUUUGGGAUAGACAUUAUGGAGUUUGUUUAACCAAAUUCCCUCAUUCUGAUGUUGUCAAUUCUGUAGCUUUCAAUCCUAAAGAUCCCGAGAUGUUAGUUACAACUAGCGAUGAUUAUACAGUCAAGAUAUGGCGCAGUCGAGCCAUGGUAAAAUCCUUAGGUUUAAACGAACAUUCUUUUAAUCGAGGAAUGGAAGUAAGAAAAAAGAGCAGUUAUCAUAAACCCGGUUGUAAUGUUGACUGACUAAAGACUAUUAAAUUUCCUAUUUAAAAGCUUCUAAUUAAAGAAUCAUCUCUCAGCCUUGUAUAUCUACUGGAUCAUAACAAUUAUGCCUGCGACAUUCACCUUAACACAAACAUGAUUGAGCACAUUUACGCAUAGUAUGAAUGCAGUUGAGAUUAUUAUAUAUAUGUGUGUGUAUGGGUGUGUGUACGUGUGUGUAUAAUUUUGAGUGUGAUACAACUGUAUAGUUCUACAAAAUCAGCACUUUUACUAUAUGUUCAGUGUUCCUGUUAAUAUCUUCCUUUAAAUUACUUUUUUAUGUUUCUACUGUCCAUCUAUUCCUUGUUGUGUAAUAACCAAAUGAAACAACAUGAUUAGCUGUUAUUUUUUCUGCUCAAUUAGGAUAUAAAUAAAUGUAUUGGCACGUCCGUGUCUUCUCAAAAUAUAUUCAAAUUUCUAUAUAGAGAAUGAUAUAAAUAACUAUUGUGAAAGUUUGUUAAAGUACAACAUCAUCAAAUAUAUCAUCAGUGAUAUUUACUUUUUCGUUAUCAAGUAAAGAUUUUUAAUGUUAUUUUGAAAAUAUUUAUAAGUUUUCUAAAAAGCAACUUAACUACUAAGCUACUGAUGUAUUAUAUGAUAUAUACUCGUACAUACAAAAAUAUUUAAUUUCUUUAAUAUUACAAUAACAAAUAUCAAACUCUUUUGAUAGUUUAUUAAAUGCGAUAAUUAUUAAAAUUUAGGAAACUUUGAUUAUUUUUAUACGUGACAUGUUUGAUUUUUCUUUUUAAUUUGCGAAUUUCUAUGUAUAUAUUAUAACUAUUAUUUCUCAUUAAAUGAACAUACAUUAUGAUAGGAUUAAAAUACAAAGAAUAAGGAGAGAGUUAUCAUUCUAUAUUGAAGACAAUAAAUUUGAUUGUAAAAUUACGGGAAUUUCUGUUAAAUGACAUAAAAAAUAUACUUAUAUACAAUACUCUUUCAGAUUAAUGUAGGAAGAUGUAUUUCAGAAUACAGUGUGCUUAAAAAAUAUAAUGUAACAUAUAAUAAGAAUAUAGUCUUAAGCAUGUCACGUACCUGUCAUCAAAAUAUAUCUAAGUGCAACAUCAUGAGUGAUUAACAACAGAAGCAAUAUAAUGUUACUAUUAUAAUCAUCCUGCAACAUAUAUCAUAUCAUGUAAUAAGAUAAAUAUAAAAAAUCUUAUUUCUUUAUAUUGAUCCGAAAUUUAUUAACAUUUUUUCAAUAAAAUAUAAUUUUGGAUAA